AUGGCGCCCAAAGCGAAAUCUAGUACGGUGAUGAAGAUCUAUACGUCGAUCUUCGCGCGAGAGGCGAAAAAUUGGCGAUCCAACGUAUCAUUAACGUAUGCCGGCGAAGGUUUUCGAUAUAGUAAAAACGCGGGCGAUUUGAAAGAGAAAGAUAAAUACUUGCUUGUAUUGAAGAGUAACACAACUAUCAAUGAAAUAAAACUGGUUGCUCACCACAACGCGGCGUUAAGUUCCCAAUUUCAAAAGGCGAUGCGACACCUCGCAGCGUGUAAGCGACGAAAGUGCUCCGUCUGUUCCUACACUAAGGCAGCUUUCGGGAUUCCCCAAAAUCCGAAGUACGAACGCAAACUAUUCUCGUGUCUACAAACGCCCUUCCAAGAGAUGCGCAACAUGAUCAAACCGCCCCCGUCGCCGAUAAGCGGAGAGGGCGAAAGCAUGUCCGAGUGGUUCCGUCCCCUGUUCAACCCAUCUGCUAGUCCUAGCGAGUGCUCGUCCUUGAGCAUACCUUUCGCCGAGCUUGCCAUUACGUUUAUGGACGACGCCUCGGAUUCGUUUUCGAAUUGCCAAGAGAUCGACGACAAGUACAAAGACGACGGUAUUAGUCAUACGAGUCAGGCCUGCGCUAGUAUAAGAGGUUUCGGAAGCGAUUCCGGUUUCGCGUCCGACUGCUGUCCCGAUUACAAAAGCAAUACGACGUCGAAAGAGAAGUUCCAUCCGAAAAGUACCCUCGACGAGGCGGACUGUGCCAAACUGACGCGGACGAAGUGGACCGCAUCGUUUAGAAAACUAAUUAAUCGCAUUAAAAAAUGAGAACGCGAAACAGGUAGGAGAUCUGGCCGCGACUUGUGUUUUUGUAAGACGAAGAAUCAUUAAGGGGGUCCAAAUUGUCAGGGAUGGGAUUGGCUAUUUACUUCUCCAAAUGUCCUUUUUCAAAUCAAAAUUGUGGUUAAAUUUGUUGAUUUUGGCCGAUGUGACAUAGUUUAAGACGGUUAUUAGACUGAAAUAUUUUCACGUUAUAAUCAUGCUUGCGUACGUAAACUGUGACUGUUGAAUUUGUCAAGGGAUUACCUCAUUUUUGAAAACUAUUCGAGUAAAUUACAAUUUUUUAUGGAGUUCUCAAUUUUUUCUUAGGCUAGCUAGAGUAUUAUAAAUUUGACUGAUUUUGAAAUAGCUUUAGGUGAGUUAGUGUCUUUGUUCGUGACACGAUUACGUGUAGAUCACAAUACUGUAGAAUUUGAUGUUGCGUAGGCAAUAGAGGUGCAUAAGCGAUGUGUUGACAUAUUGCUGAAUGCAAUGCUUUUCAUCCGAUCAUUUGUUGACAAAGCUGACAUGACAUCACGAUUUUGUGAUAAUUUUUGUGUGCGUAGCAUUUGUAAGUUUUAAGUGUAGUAGACACCAAUACGUAACGCUUGUUAUUCUCACAGUUGUAAAUUGUAGAAACCUUUAUCUAUUGAAUUGAAAUGAAUUCAGUGUAAAAUUUAAACGUGAUGUUUUUCUAAAAAGAAAAUUGUUUGUAGGUGUCUUAAGAUGUUUGUUAAAGUUUUGCCAAUUUUCUAAAGAAUAAUUAGGGGGGUAUUUUUGACAUAAAAGCGUGGUCAAGUUGAUCACCUUGUAUUAUAAAACAAAGGCUGUAAAAGGUAAAUUUUUUGUCAUUCCAAUUGAAAGUCAAUCUAUGGUUGCGACAAUUAGAACAGUUGAACUUUGAAGAUCUUGGCAACUUUUGAUGAAUUUAAUAAUGUUGCGAAAUGUUAAAAGUAAUUCCAAUUAGUGUCAGUACCUUAUACUCAAUUAGUGGUAACAUAAUCAUAAUUAGCAUCCAAGCAAUCCAUAGAAAGUAAUCAAUCCUACUUGACUUACUAGACAUGAUUUGUAAUUGAAGAAAAAUGGAUCCAUCGCCACCUUAAAGAAACCCAAUGCGUUUUUUACUGGGUUUCAGCCAAGACUGCUCUACCAACCCAACUUGGGUUUUUAGCCUGAAAUUAGGUAAUCUAUACGAACAUCACCACAUGGGUCUAUUGUGGAGAACUGCCUGGAAGACAUUACUGAAAUCAUUAUGAAAAUAACACACAUUCGGCCUAGCGAUCGUUUUUUGCCUCCGUUUUUUACAGAACAUGCCGGUUAUUCGCGAUUCAGAUUAACAGUGAAACUUCUGGUGGCAGCCAUUGUAAUUAACACAGGUGGGAGAAGACGGCCAUUUUGUUUUAUUUACAAUGACCAAAAGUAAUACAAGUAAAAUUCACUUGCAAAAAUUUCAUUUGCAAUCUUACACCUUAAAGAGCACGGAUAGGUUAAAAUGUCACAUUUUAUCACUGUACUUUCAAAAAUUUUAAAUGUGACCAAUGCAAUUAUGCGACCAACAAUAAUGAUGAGAUGAUUUAAAAAAUCAUCGUCUACUGCACAAUGUUUCCAAAGUCUUUAAUUGUGAAUAGUGCAAUUACAGAACAAAAAAUUGGAGAUAUAUGCGCCAUUCUUUGACACACUCCGCUUUGAAUAUCUUCAGCUGCUAUCAGAGUAAUUAAUACCGUUCGCUUAAAGCGUCACCUAUUAACUCAACCUUCUCAAAAAUUUUAUUUGUGAUCAGUGUACUUUCGCUUAAAACUUAAAGCGGCAUAUCAUCAAACAUGCCACAUUCAAGGAUGUACGUGCAGUCUGUGCGACAAUGCCACAAGUAGUAAGUAAUUUUAAUCGUCAUUUAUUAAAGCACGUUUAUUUUGUGGUCAGUGUAAUUAUUCUGUUUUAAAACGGCAGGAUAAAUUCAUUUACAAACCUGCUCGAAUAAGCAUAAUAUAUUUACAAACCGCUCCCACUUACACUCGCCAUUUGUAAAUUACACCAGCGCCUCUAGUGUUAAAAUGAUUCGCUAAUAGCGUUCCGAUUUCUGUCACUUAAAGUCUUCAAUCUUGUGUAUAUCCGCGCAUAGUAUUUCCGCAGUGUUCUGGCGUAUCCUCGGAGCCAUAAUGUACGCAUUUGAACUUUUUGAAAAAUCUUUAAAAAUAACAUAUCAGCGAAAAAGCGAAAAACGAAAAUGUCAAAUUUCGUUUUCAGUUUCCCCAGCUUAAACGGUCGGAAAUGGACUGUUCCAAUUAGCACCUUCUAUGGGCACUUUUUUGAGAGAAUCUAAAACUUAUCAUUUAUCAGCAUUUCCAUAACAAGAUGUAAAAACUACAGGAGUAUAAG